CUUUGUUCAAUUUUAAUGCUAAUUAACUAAAGUAUAUUUGACAAAAAUGAUAAAUAAACAUCAUGCUGACAACAUAUCAGCAUGCUAACAUUUUAGUUGUGAACAUGUUGAAAUUGAUAGUUAUUUAGUCAGAUUUAGUCAACAUCAGAGGACAAAGUGACACCAUGAAUCCCAUGAAACUUUCUCUCUAUCAAUUUGUUUGUUAAGUAAAAAAAAAAUACAAUAUUAUAAAACAUAUGACACACAUACAGACACACUUUACCGAUACAUAAUAUGCAUAGACAUAUAAAUGGACGUGCAACCAUUUAAAAAGAAAAGAUUGAGCAGGAGAGGCUGGAAGCUAAAAUAAAAUAUUAAAAUAUUAAUAUUCUUAUAAAUAACAUAUAUUAUAAUAAUAAUUAUUAAGAUGUCUAAACCUCUGAAAUGUCCACGACACGUUGUGCACAAUACAUUGUGUACAGUAUAUUGUGUACAAUACUGUGUGCAGUGUAUUGUGGGAACAUCUGGAGAUCGAAUUACGGAGCAGGAUUUGUUGCGCAACUUCUUUCAACUGUCAGUUGCCAGAGAGUCUGACCGGUAAUUUUGGGAGUGAAAUAUUAAGAACAAUUCACACAAUAUGUUUCACUCUGCCUCAAAAUGCCUUGCUCAUGAAUAAAGACACAAUAAACUGGGACUAGAUUGUUUUUUUAUACAGAUUAAAAUGAUUAAGAGAGACAGAAACCGUCUCAUAACCGGUUUUAUUUUGGAGCACGCAUGCAGAAACCAGGAGUGACUUCCCAGGAAUGUUUCACCUGUAAACACAAUGACCUCGAGCGAGGGGUGUGGCUAUCCUCGUGAGAUCAUGCGGGGAGGGAGCACUGCUCUACUCACUUCCUGAGGUUCCAACACUGCCCAAAUAAGUGGAGGGAGGCACACACACACACACACACACACACAGAGGAUGACCUGUAGUGUCCUGGACCUUUAACCAGAACAGGAAAUAUUAUUAUCAUACGGCAAAAAAAAGGUAAGACGCUGAUAAGAAUGACAAGUUACGCUUUCUGUUUGUUUAAUCUGACACUGAACACUCGUCUGCUGUGAUUUCAGCUGAUUUCAGUUUAGCUUGCAAUCACGAUAUCAUUGGUUGAGAUUAAUCACUGUAGGUGGGGAUAGAAAAUCUGAUUUUUUUGUUAUUUUAUGAAACUAACAAUAUGAAAUUACUUGUUUUUUCUUCACACAAUCACAGCAUUGGGUGUGUGGAUGAUUAAAUAACCUCUUUUCUUCGCUCGGGUCGCAUUCAAAGCAAAAAUACAUCAAACUACAAGUGUGUGGUGAAAGGUAGAAGUUGUCAGAGAGCCCCGUGAAGGGGUUGGACUGCAUUCCCCCUGAAGCUGAGCUGCCUGUUGUGUAUCGACUGUUCUUCAUACUGCGGGCUGUAUGGUGUUUGACAAGGUGUUUUAUGGUCUGGCUGACAACUGUGUCUACAGAUCAUUUACACGUGUUGGUGCAAAGCAUGUUCCUGUGGCGAUACCUGACACUGCUGCUGCCGGUAACUGUUCAAAUAUGCAAAGCUCAAAUAUGUGAAGAAUUUACAGAUCUAGAUCUCAGACACGCCAUCGUGGGAACCAGCCUCCAGGUCAGGUUGCUGCUCUACACCAGGGACAAUGGCACCUGCGGCACGCUGCUGUCCCACAGCGACCCGUCCCACGCGCACCCCCACGUGAACUGGUCCAGGCCGACCGCCUUCGUCAUCCACGGGUACCGGCCCACCGGAUCUCCGCCGGCGUGGCUGCAGAAGAUCACGGAGCUGCUGCUGACCAGGGCCGACGGCAACGUCGUCGUGGUGGACUGGAACCGCGGAGCUGCGAAUAUCAACUACAUGAAGGUGGUGGAGAACACGCGCAGGGCGGCCGACAACCUCACGGCCUUCGUGAAAAAGAUGCAGGAGCACGGCGCCCCUCUGAGCUCCAUCCACAUGAUCGGAGUCAGCCUCGGGGCUCAUAUGUCGGGCUUAGUGGGCGCCAAGCUGAACGGGUCGCUGGGAAGAAUCACAGCUCUGGAUCCAGCUGGGCCUCAGUUCACCGGCACGCCUCCAGGGGACCGCCUGGACCCCACGGACGCCCAGUUCGUAGACGUGCUGCACACGGACAUCGACGGCCUGGGCUUCAGAGAACCUCUGGGUCACAUCGACUUCUACGCUAACGGAGGAGCGGACCAGCCCGGCUGCCCCACGACCAUCUUUUCUGGUAAGGUCUGUAAAGAAAGAAAAAAAGGUUUCAUCUGGAUUGGUCGCUCAAUCAAUGGAACAAUGCUGUGUGUACCGAACAACUCGGACCCCUCUGCAGGAGGAGCCUAUUUUAAAUGUGACCACCAGAGGUCAGUGUUGCUCUUCCUGGACUCGUUGAGUCGGACGUGUGCCAGCACGGCCUACCCCUGCUCCUCCUACAAGGCCUUUCUGGAUGGAGACUGCUUGAGCUGCGACCUCUUUGGUGCUGCCGGAUGUCCUGUGUUUGGUUAUGAUGUCACACAGUGGAGAGAUGUCCUGGUGCGCAUCGGCCAAACCAAAAGCUUCUUCUCCACCAACACAGCCUCUCCAUUUUGCAGGACAAACUACCGGGUGGAGGUGAUGAUUUGGAACGAGGACGUACGUUUCGGGUUCAUCACGGUUAAACUUCACGGUGACGGUGAAGAAGCCGUGGCGACCAUCAACCAUAAAGCGUCAGAGUUCAAGAAGUUCACGGAGACCACGCUGCUGGCCCAGUUUGACAAAGACAUUCAGUCAGUGAGAAAAGUGUCUCUCAAAUUCUCCACCGGGAACGCGCUGAAGGCCAAAUAUAAGCUCCGUGUCCUCCGAAUCCGUCUCAGACAUCUGGAACGCUCGGAGAGGCCUCUCUGUCGAUACGACAUCCUCCUGCGGCAGGACAAGGAGGUCACCUUCAAGCCACUUCUCUGUGAGGAGUCCAACUUCUGACACUGAGUUUCAAAACAUGUCAAACUUUGAGACUAAAUGUCAAAACACGCCAAACUUUUGCUCGUGCCGGAGGCGACUGGGCCGCCGGUUCGAUCCCUCCAGGAAUCGGGAUGAACUCACCUGGCUGCACUGGGAUCUUUUGGGAUCCAAUGAAAUGUGAUAUACUAUAUUAUGUACAUUUGUUUUUAAAGAGAAAAUACAUGUGUUGUUUGUUUUUUUAAAGAAAUAUUUUGCCCAAAGAAGUUUAUUUAUGUGGGGCGAGUUGGAUUUAUGACUUAUGAUUUAUGAUGAGACGUUAUACAGUGGGUACGGAAAGUAUUUAGACCCCUUUAAAAUGUUCACUCUUUGCUUCAUUGCAGCCAUUUGCUCAAAUCAAAAAAGUUCAUUUUAUUUCUCAUUAAUGUUCACGCAGCACCCCAUCUUGAGAGAAAAAUACAGAAAUGUAGAAAUUGUUGCUAAUUUAUUAAAAAAAGAAAAACUGAAA